UUAUUUAUUUAUCUUGUUCUAUAAUAUUCCUUAUUAUCUUAACUAUUGGAUUACUUCACGAAUGAAAUCAAGGAUCCUUAAAUUGAAUAUAAAAGUAAUAAUGUUAUAUAAUAAAGCUGCUAACUUUAUUAUGAGCAAUUCAUAAUUGUACUACUCUUUAUGAACAAUAAAUUUUUUCCUGCUAACUUUAUAUUCAUUAUUAUAAUAAUUAUAGGUACAAUUAUAUCUUUAUCAUCUUCUCACUGAUUAAUAAUAUGAAUAGGACUAGAAUUAAAUUUAAUAGGAAUUCUACCUUUAAUAAAUAUUGAAUCUAAAAACUUUGAAAUCGAAAGAUCAAUAAAAUAUUUUAUCAUUCAGUCAAUAAGAUCAUCUUUAUUUAUUAGAAGAUCAAUCUUUAUAUAUAUAUCAUCAAUUUCUACAUUCUCAAUAUUCAAUAAUUCUUUAUUUUCAUCUAUCAUAAUUAUUUCAUUAUUAAUCAAAUUAGGAAGAGCUCCAUUUCAUUUCUGGUUACCAUCUAUAUGUAAACAAAUAAGAUGAAUGAUACUAUUUUUAAUUCUAACCUGACAAAAACUAGCACCAUUAUUUAUAUUAUGUUUUAUUAAUUCUAAUUAUAUUAUUAUAAUUUCAUUGGCUUUUAUUAGUUCCAUUUUAGGUAGUAUUCAAGCUAUUAACCAAUCUAGUAUACAACUAAUUAAAGUUUAUUCAUCUACCUCUCAUUUAGGAUGAAUAUUACCAAUUUGGUUCAUUAAUAAUUCUCUUAUAUUCAUUUAUCUAUUAAUUUACACAAUUAUUAUUCUUCCUAUAUUUAUUAUAUUUUCUAUAAAAUCAACCUUAUUUAUAUAUUCUUUAACAGAACAAAAUAUACAUAUGAAUAAAGAAAAUAUUUUUAUUAUAACGUUAAUUUUAUCAUUAACAGGUAUUCCCCUCACAUUAGGAUUUUUAUCAAAAUUAAUAAUCCUUAACUCACUUUUAAAUAUAAAUAUAAUCUUAUUAUCUUUAAUAUUAUUUAUUGGAACUCUCAUUAGAUUAUACUUCUAUUUAAAUUUAACCAUAAUGAUAAUAAUUAAAUCAUUCUAUAUAUUUAAAACAAACAAGAUAAUAAUAAAUAUAAAAUCAAUUAUAUGUUUCAGCCUACUAGGAACAGUCAUUUUUAUCCCUAUAUUAUUAUAUGCGAUGAAUAUUCUCAACAAAUCACAAAAAUAUUGGCACACAAUAUUUCCUUUUUGGAAUUCGAUCAGGAUUUUUAGGCACUUCUUUAAGUUUAAUAAUUCGAACAGAAUUAAGACAACCAGGAUCUCUUCUUAA